UUCUGGAUUCGGAAGCACGUGUGUGCAACGAUGGCGUCAACAUAUUUUCCGCAUUCCUGAACUUGCAUUUAAUCUUCUCUCAUCUUUUCCUUCGCUAUGGCUCCUUCAAAAAAGUCUGGAGAGUCUAAGACUAGGUCUUCUACCUCUUCUGCAAAUAUCUCUCUCAAGAGAGUCAAAGGAGAAAAUUUUUACCGGAAUGCAAAGCAAGCAUCUCGCCUUAAAAUGCUCAAUGGGGGCAAGCCCGUCCGGGAUAAAGACGGAAAGAUCAUCCAAGCUGCUGCUUUCCAGAAGGGUGAAGAUGAGACUAAACCUGGCAGAGUGCAGCCUGACCGAAGGUGGUUCGGCAACACCAGAGUCAUCUCCCAAACUGCUCUUGAUCACUUUCGUACGAGUCUUGCAACAAAGAAAGAUGAUCCUUAUUCUGUGCUUCUGCGGCGAAACAAACUUCCUAUGGCUCUGCUAGAUGACGCUGCUAAUCCUCAUACUCAGAAGCGCUCUCACAUCGUGGAAACAGAACCAUUCUCUGAUACAUUUGGUCCCAAGGCUCAACGUAAACGGGCAAGGGUAGACGCUGCUGACUUUGAGGAACUCAGCAAACUUGGCGCAACAGCGUUUGAGGACGCAGAUGAGGCUGCUACAGCUACUGGGAAUGUCAUAGAACCACUGGCGUCCUCCAUUGUCGAGCCUCAGACCCAUGCUGAUUACAAUGAACCUAUCUACGCCAAAGGAACGUCUAGACGCAUUUAUGGCGAACUAUACAAAGUCAUAGAUUCUUCUGAUGUUAUCCUACACAUUCUGGAUGCCAGAGAUCCCAUGGGUACUCUCUGUGAAUCCGUACUAGAAUACAUCAAGAAAGAAAAGGCACACAAACAAGUAGUACUCGUCAUCAACAAGUGCGAUCUGGUGCCGAAUUGGGUUACAGCAAGAUACAUUCAACAUUUGACACCACGUUACCCUACUAUCGCGUUCCAUGCAUCGCCAAAUCAUUCCUUUGGGAAAGGUUCACUCAUACAGCUGCUUAGACAGUUUUCACAGCUGCAUUCCGAUAAGAAACAAAUUUCUGUUGGAUUCGUGGGAUACCCAAAUGUUGGAAAAAGUAGUGUGAUCAACACACUGAAAAGUGGCAAAGUUUGCCGAGUUGCCCCAGUUCCUGGAGAGACAAAGGUCUGGCAAUACAUUACGUUAACGCGCCGAAUAUACCUUAUCGAUUGUCCCGGCAUCGUUCCAACCUCUGCGCACGAUUCGCAGACAUCUACCGUGCUCAAAGGGGUUGUACGUGUCGAAGCACUAGCCACGCCUUCCGAACACAUUCCCGCCCUCAUGGAACGCGUAAAACCUCUUUAUAUCUCACGAACAUACGGCGUUCCCCUCCCCAAUCCCGAGGACCCAACUCAAAGUUGGGAGCCCGAAGUCCUACUUGAUAAGCUUGCACGGAUGAAAGGGCGUCUACUGAAACACGGAGAACCCGACAUGGACUCCGUCGCGAAGAUCAUCCUUAGUGAUUGGGUCCGUGGACGGAUACCUUUCUUCGUUCCACCACCUGAGCGUCCGGAGGCCCUGAACAAGGCAGAGGAAAAAGCAAAGAAAAUUAAGGCAAAGAAUGAUACUAAAGGCAAAAGUAAGGUUGUUGAUGAGACAGGGGAGGCAGAGGAGAAUCGUCCCGGAGUUAAGCAGAACCUUGGGUCCAUCAUGCAGAAGAAUAAGUUCUUGGCGGAAGAUAUCCAACCUCUUGAGGAGGAAUUUGCUGGAGUGAGCGUGGACGAUGAGGAGAAAGAGAGUGAGGAUGACUCAGGGGAUGAGGCAGGAGGUGUUGACGAUGGAGAAGAGGAGGACCUUACCUGGAACGAUGUGUUCGAAGGAAUACAUCAUGAUGAAACGCCUGAGGGGGCACAAGGUUCUACCUCUGGGAAUGACGCAGAAGAGGAUGAGGAAGGGGAGGAGGCAGCACCGGGUAAAGAACCGCGUAUGCGCACCAACAAGCGCAAAGCCACGAACUUUUAUUCGACCGCCAACGUGAAAAACAAAAAUCGAGGUAAGGCCGCACAUAUGAAGAAUUUACCCACUGGCAAAAAACAGAGACGGAGAUAAGCUGUGGUUGACAUGUACUUGGUGUCUAUGCAUAUGGCUUGGACUGAGCAAGUUCUUUUCUUCGUUGCGGGACGAGUAAACAUAUACCAUAGAUUGCUGUUAGUCAGUGGUAGUGGCUAAGGCCUUCAUCCCGAAACAGAGCUAGACCUUCAAGCUGCUAGUUUCUCGGUGCUUGCUUACCCCUGUGC